GCCGCAUUGGAGACUGUGAAAAGUCAAAUGAGAAAUUAAUUUUAGGACGGAGGGAGUAAUUUAUCUUUGGUAAAUGAUAAAGACAAGGAAAAAUAUUUUUUUGGAGAAAGAAAGUAUGGUUUUAGAUGAUGAUAUUAUUGCUAAUCUGAGAUUACAAAAAGUAAUUAAUACUUAUGCAUUUGAAAUUAGAGAUACCAUAAGAAAAAGAUACUUAGAAAAAUGCUCUUGGCAUCUCGAAAAAAUUUUCUACGGCCCCAAAACGAUUCUUUCUUCAUUACACAAAUAAAAAGUACUUAUAUAGUUGAUCGGCGCCCAUUCCGCGGGCCCAGAUGAUGAUGCGAGAUUUGGAUGCCGGCAUGCUGAGGAAUGCCCACAUCUGUAGGAGGUUGGGAGCUGGCUCUACCGAGAGCAACGCCGCUUCCUCAUCUGCGCCCUCGACCUCAGGAGCAUCUUCGCAGGUCUCGUCUAGGAGAGCCACUCGUUGCCGUCCCACUCCUCAGGCCACUCCAGCUACGACCCAGGCGGAUCCGACCCCUGAAUGGGCUAGGAGGAUCCUGGAGCAGCAGGAUACCAUCAUGCAGAGGAUGUCCGAAAUCGGACAGCAGCAGGCAUCCCAGGCUGAGAGCUUUGCUCAGCUUCGGAGGACCUUUACUGGCUUUUACUCGGAUGUGCACAUUGGGCUCACCCCUCGUUCUCCUGAGGGCGAUGAUCCAUCCGCCUCAGUUCCUCCCCCUUCGUGAUCUUCAUAUUAUUUUCUUUUGAAAACUUUUAUUUCUUUUCUUUUAUGAGCAAGAAUUUGAUAAGUUCAUUUUGUUCUUAUUUUAUUCUACAUAUUUUAAGCAUUAUUGCACAAAAAUAGUGAUUUUGAUUUCACACACCUCCUCACACUUAGGUUCUUGGAAAGCGAUUUCUAGGCUUAGGAGAUCCUCAACAGUCCCUUUAUCUUUUAUGACUUUAACUGAGUUGCAGAACUCAGCUGGGUCUGGAGUUCGAUUCAUGACGCUCAUCAUUUUAAAAGUGACAUCUUCAUUGCCUACUCUUAAAGUCAGUUCUCCGUCGUGCACAUUAAUUAAUGCCUUUGCGGUGA